AUGACACUAUUUUUGGAGUACCCAUGCUUCAUAGGUUAUGAACCAGACACCGUAACCUUCAAUACCCUCAUCAAGGGGCUUUGUGUUAAUGCUAAUAUCGCUUCUGCAGUUAAGUUUUUUGAUGAAAUUGUGGAGAAAGGGUUCCAACCCAAUUUCAUUACUUAUAGCACUAUAAUAAAUGGACUAUGCAAAAUUGGUAACAGUAGUGCUGCUAUUCUUUUGCUCAGAAAGAUGGAAAAACUGGAAGGUUGUGAGCCUAGACUAGUGGAAUACAGCACGGUCAUCGAUAGCCUUUGCAAGGACAAACUAGUAACCGAGGCUUUCAAGCUCUUUUCGAAAAUGAUAGGUAAAGGAAUUUCACCAGAUGUCGUCACUUACACAUCAUUAAUUCAAGGUGUAUGUAGUUUAGGUAAGUGGAAAGAAACUAUAAGAUUGUUGAAUGAAAUGGUUGGUAAGAAUAUCUCGCCAAAUGUUCAAACUUUUAGCAUUUUAGUUGAUGCACUUUGUAACGAAGGAAAGGCCAAAGAAGCACAAGAUGUGGUUGAAUUGACGAUCCAAAGAGGUGUGGUGCCGAAUGUUGUCACUUAUAAUGCUGUAAUGGAUGGGUAUUGUCUGUGUGGCCAAGUAGAUGAGGCAAGGAAAAUUUUUGAUGUUAUGGUCAGUAGGGGUUGUGCUCCUAAUGUUAUCACUUAUAACAUCUUGAUAAAUGGGUACUCUGGGAAGCUCGAUGAUGCAAGAAAACUCUACUUGAGUCUUUCUUCUAAAGGUUUGAAACCUAAUGUCCGCACAUACAAUAUAAUGAUCAAUGGACUUUGCAAGGGAAGGCUACUUGAUGAAGCAAGCGAGUUGCUAAUGAAAAUGGAAGAAGAAGGAUGCUCACCAGAUUUUUACUCGUAUAAUAUAUUGGUUCAAGGAUUUCUAGAAAAUAAUGGAAUACAGAAAGCAUUGCAACUGCUUCACCUAAUGGAUGAUAGAGCUGUCUCUGUGGACCCAUGCACUGUAACCUUGAUAGUUAACCUGUUGUUUGAUGAUGGAUUAGAUAAUUCAUCAAAGGAAAUGCUUCGUGCUUUUUUUGGCACUGCUUCAUUUUCCAAAUAA